GUAAACAACAGAAACUCCUUAGUUUUUAUUUAGUAUUUGUUAUUAUUUAAUUGAUAUUAUUACUUAUUCCUUAGCUAUGUUUAGUUGUGAAGUAUGCCAAUCUAAAUAUGUAUCCAUAUCAGGUUUAAACAAGCAUUUUAGAAAUAAACAUAAAGAUGUAACAAUGGAAAGAAAAGCAACCAACAAAAUAUUAUAUUUUUGUAAUAGCUGUGAUCAAUCAUUUAAUCUGAAGAACAAAUUAAAAUGUCACAUAAAAAUUCACAUGAAAUACAAUAAACAUCGUCGUAUAAUAUGCUCAUUUGAAAACUGUCAUGAAAAAUUUUUUACGAUGAAUGAGUUGACUUCACACUUAAGAUCCAUUCAUAAUGUGGAUAUUGAAUUGAAUUCCUUUAAUUUUAACUCCAUGGAAGGUUUGUUAUUUUUCAUUGUAACAUUUUAAAACACAUCAAACAGUUAUUAAUCAUUAUGUAGAAUUAUUUUUGCUUGUUAUGAAUUAGCCAAGCUUGGGUUCUGAAAUAAGAUAAACUAAUAGGUAUCUUAUAUGAGUAAAACGUUUAUUUUAAUUAUAAGGAAGUUGAGUGUAAAAAUAAACCACUAGGUGCUCAUUGAAGUGAGAUUAACUUAAGUCUAUACUUGUCAUAAAACAAAUUUUCUUGAGAAAGGUCUUAUAGGUAACUUUACCACUGUUAUUAGGUUUCACAUUACUCUGUAUUCCUAAUAAGAAAUUAAAAUUAUUUUUCAAAUGUACAAUAGAUUUUUACUUGUGGAAAAAAAAUGUGGAAGAAAAAGAAGUAUGCCAGUAUAUAAGGUCUACAUCAAAAAAAAAAAGUGGUGGAAAAGAAUACAUUUAUUACUAUUGUCAUAGGUCAUUUGAUCCUAGAGUUUCAAAUAAUGUAAGGUUUAUAAAAGUUUAAAUCAAUAUAAUAUAUCUAAUAAAAUAAAAUUGUUUCUAUUUAAAAUAGAGAUGUAAAACUGAAAAGCGGUAUGGAUCUGUGAAAACUGGUCAUGUUUGUCCGUCUAACAUAAAAGUGCACAUAAACAAUUCAAAAAUAGAAGUCAUAUAUUGUAGCACUCAUCUUUGGCAUACUAAAGACUUGAAAAGGUUAAGAUUGUCUGUUGAAGAUAGACAUAAAGUUGCAGGUAACUUACAUUAAUUUAUUUUAAUUAUAUGUAAUCUUAGUUAGAUAUCAUACAAAUUAUUCUAAAUUGUGUAAUAAAAUAAACAAAUUCUAGUAGAUAACAUUUAAAAAAUUGCUUAUUUACAGAAAAAUUAAUAAUGGGUGAACCGGUAAACAAAAUAUUGGAGGACGUUCAACUAACAUCACUAACCAAUGAAGGUGUAAAAAGGAUUAAUUUAUUGAACAAAAGAGACAUACAUAACAUAAGAAGAGAUUUUAAUAUUGUAUCACAUUCAAAAAAAAAUAAAAAAUUAUCAAAUGAUAAUGAUUAUUUCAACAUUUGCAAGAAUAUUCAUACGUAUUAUGCUGAAAAAGAAUUAGAUUCCUGUAUACCAAAUCAAACUCUGCUUCAAGAAUCAGAAUGUGAAUACAUAGAUAUUGGAAUAGAAGAAAUUGAAAAUGUAAUAAAAAAUGAAAAACUGAAAAACAAGAUUAUGACAGUUUUCGAUAUGAUUGAAUGUGCAAAUAUAUCUGAAGAAGAUGAAGCAUUUAUAAAUAAACAUUGUGACAAGAUUAUAUCAAAAUUGAAUGACAAAAAAAAUUUCUCAAAACUAUAAUUUAGGGAAAUAGAGGAAAAUAUAAACACAUUCAUUGUUUUAUUAAAACAAAAAAGUACUGAUCCUAUCUUUCUUCUUUUGUGAGUAUAUCAUAAUAUACAUUGUCUCAUGAAGAUUUGACAAAUUUAAUAACUUUUGUUGUUCUUUUCCUUUGGUCCUUCAUUCCAUUUAUUUGGGUCGGUUAGUGGUUACCUUUUUACAUUUAUAAUAAAUUUGUAACAACAAAAUUUUGUUUCAAAAUAGACUUAUAAAAUUAAUGUUUUGGAUUCUGUAAAAAAAUAUAAACUAUAGUAAUUAUUAUUAAAAAUAAAAAAAUGUAAUGAAUAGAAUAAAAGUAAUUGUAUUUGUCAUAUAUUCAUGGGACAUCCUAUAUGUAGGUAUGUUAAAAUAUUUUAACGCAUUUAGAAAUAUAACUCAAGAUUUCUUAACUACUAGUUGAACAAUUCAACAAUUUGUCUAAUUAAAAUGUUGAAUAAACUAUUAUUAUUAUUUAUUUAUUUUGAUUUUUUUUUUUGUGAUUAAAAUAAUAUGA